GGAUCCUCUACAAUUUCAACAUCUCUGCACAUCUCGCAGAGCUAGAAAAGUAACAUCUGAUGACCCAUUUUUAGAAAAAAGAGAACCAGAGAACUGCUCCUUCAUUUUUUUUAAAUGAAAACAGAUUUUUUUUUGCUAGAAGUUUUCAAACCGAUACAUCCUUCUUCACGCAGGAAGAGGUGUUUUUGACCUUCGUCUUGUGACUGAUAAAUCAGUUUAGCAUUACUUCUGUUGUAAUAAUACAAGACAUCACUUGCUCUGUAAGAUAUAUGACCAAAACACCAUGGGAAAUGAUACAACAGACUUCAGCGACUUGCCAUAUACAACAGAAUUCGACUACAGUGAUUCCACACCUUGUCCUGGAACUGAGGAAAAGCACUUUGCAGCAAAACUUUUGCCACCACUUUAUUCUUUAGUAGUGAUAUUUGGCCUGACAGGCAACAUGCUUGUUAUCCUUAUCCUGGUAAAAUAUAAGAGGUUGAAGAGUAUGACUGACAUCUACCUGCUCAACUUGGCAGUUUCCGAUCUGCUGUUUGUAUUUUCUCUCCCUUUUUGGGCUUAUUACGCAGUUCACGACUGGAUUUUUGGGGAGGCACUGUGUCGAAUUCUCUCAGGUGUCUACCUCCUUGGCUUCUACAGUGGCAUCUUUUUCAUAAUCCUGUUGACUCUGGACAGGUACCUGGCCAUAGUGCACGCGGUGUUUGCUUUAAAAGCCAGGACAGUUGCUUACGGCACCCUCACCAGCAUCAUCACCUGGGCUGUUGCUGUUUUAGCUUCUGUUCCUGGGAUAGUAUUUCACAAAACUCAGGAGGAAAGCUCAGGCUACACUUGCAGCGCUCAUUAUCCACCAGAGAAGAGAGAUGUAUGGAAGCAGUUCCUGACUUUAAAGAUGAACAUUCUGGGACUUCUUAUUCCAAUGUUAAUUAUGAUUUGUAGCUACACACAAAUUAUAAAGACAUUACUGCAAUGUAGGAAUGAGAAGAAACAUAAAGCAGUCAGGCUUAUUUUCAUUAUCAUGAUUAUCUACUUUUUUUUCUGGGCACCAUACAACAUUUGCAUUCUCCUGCGUGACUUUCAAGUUGCGUUUUCCAUCACUACUUGUGAAGGCAAUAGUCAACUGCACAAAGCAAUCCAGGUGACAGAAACAAUCUCAAUGAUCCACUGUUGUAUCAACCCUGUGAUUUAUGCCUUUGUUGGAGAAAAAUUUAGGAAGUAUCUUCACAGCUUUUUCCGAAAGCAGAUUGCAUCCCGCUUCUCUAAAUACUGUCCUGUUUUCUAUGUUGACACAGCUGAGAGAGCUAGCUCCACCUACACUCAGUCUACUGGAGAACAAGAGGUUUCUGCUGCAUUGUAAAUUGUGUCUAGUGAAAGACUGGAAUUGACUCUUGUGAAAUCAAGUCUGUCGUGAAAUCCUCCAAAAUCUGUCCUGGAUAUUGGCUCUAAGGCAGUUGCAAAAAAAUCAAAGAAUACAUACCAAAGCUUGCAUUUGCUAAUAGAUUUGGGUAUUUGUAAAUAAAUGAAAAGGAUGUAUCAACUUAGCUACUUAGGUACGCAAAUGUGGGAUUCUUUAGGGAAAAAAGUGUUCUCUUUGUGAAUGUAAAAUUAUAGUUUCAUACAAAGAAAACCACACAAAGAUUGAGGGCCUGAGCUAGCAGUCUCAUAAACUGAUUUUUUGAAGUGGACUAGUGGUUAGAAAUUUACACUGGUUCUUUGGAAACAUGUCUUGACUGUAUGUUACACAAGAUACCUCACUCAAGUCAAUCUCAGUCACAUUUUUUACUAGUUGUGUAUCUCUGUAAAUAAUGCUAAAUUACUGAGGUCUAUGAUACAGAAUCUUUAUGAGUGGUAUAGAAAAUUUCAUACACUUAGAACAAACUUUGAUAUUUCAAGGUGUAUUUUCCUUUGUGUAUGGUUGAGUACUAGCCUCAGAUCUUUCUCUAUCUAGUAGGGAUGGAUAACUGAGUGACUUUGAUAUUUCAGAAGGCACUCUUUUAAUCAUCUGCUGGUUUAUACGCUAUUCAUACUAAAAAAGCUAACAUAAUGUCCUAUCAUUGAUCAGAAAAUCAGUGUGGUAACCAUAUUUUAAAAAUAAAGUAUUGCACAUGGAGCUUUAACCAGGUUAAAUGACUCAAAAGGGUUUUAGCUUUUUAGUGCAGUGAUUUUGCUUGCCAUUUUUCUAGCCUACAUAACAGAAAAACUUUAAAAUAAGAAAUUAAUGCAGUCGCAAUGGCUGCAAAACCACAACAGCAUUAGAGGUGUGAAAAUGAUUCCUGAACAGGGUUGACACAGAUGUUUUUAGAGAUAUAAGCAUAUGUUAUAAUCAUUUAUCAAAACAUCUGAAUAAGUAAAAAUAUUCCCUGUUCUACAGAUUCAAGGGCAUAGAGAAUCUCUUUUUUGUUUCAGAAGCAAGUAUCAUUUGGGGGUUAUGACAAUGUUUUUUUCCUGCCAUUUAGGAGUUUCAUGGAGUGUAAAAACUUCCAUAACUAAUGGUUAAAUAUGACGGAUUCUCCAUAAAGCUCAGAACCUGUAAAUAAUGUGAAUACAUAGAAAAUAUAAAAUAAAUAUGGGGCUACUCAAGUGCUUAAGAACAUACUAUAAUCAUGCUAUUAAUUGAUUUCAGCCAUACCAUAAUCAUGCUAUUAAUUGAUUUUGGCCAAGUUCUCCUUUCUAGCAUUUCUUAUAUUUCCCCUAACACAUAUGGUAUUGGACAAGUUUGGAGACAGGAAAUUAAAAGUGAAUGUUUGUUUGCUGUUCUUAUCCAGCAAGGUAAUUUCUGAUUCCCAACUUCUCUAAACCACCUUUUAAAUAAUUUUCAAAUAAAUAAAAGUUUCAAACUGUCCCAGAGAGAUUUUAAAGUGCCAAGUGCUUGUGAAAACAGGAAGUGAAAUAGAGAAAACUUCCUUAUCAAACCAAUUGUUUUGAAUUAUUCAAUUUUGUCAUAUUAACCACCCCUUUUGAAUUAUACCCUUAUGGGAAGUGUAACAGAAGUAUACCACACCUUCUAAUUUACAAGAUCUUCAGCUGCAUACUCUUCUUAAAGACCCUGUGCAUCAAUUACUUUUGUAUAUGGUUUUAAAAUGGGUAAAUAUAUCAGCAUAAGCAGAAAUUGGGCAAUUUCAGCGUAUAAUGACAUACGCAUUUAUUUUUAAAAGAAAUAUGAAGCUACAUGCAGGAACUUCCAGAGUGGCUGCCUUUUUUUUUUUUUUUA